CAGAGGCAAACAAGACAAACAUGGUUCUAACGGCCUCCGCGAACUGUUCAAUUUCUCGAAAACAUCCCUGCGGAGUCCGGAGAGUCCGACUCCAACGUUACUCGUUUUGUCUCUCUCUGUGCAUCAAAUCCCACCGGAAUAGCUCCUCAAAACGCAAGCAAGGGAUCCUGGCCUCUCCGCACUCCCCCCUUCUUCCAAUCCCCUCCACAAUGACUUCGACACCUCCCUCCCCGCCUCGUCCGGCGCAUCCAGCAUCGACACAACCCUCAACGCAGGCACCGGCCCCGAAACCCUCUGCUCCCCCCGUGAACAUCCUCCCCUCACAAGCAGCGCAGAUCUAUUCUAUCGCCCACCCCGUUAUCCUCCUAUCCCUCUUCUCCGUCCGGUUCCCGAAACUCGUCGCCGAUCCCGUCGAUGCAUUGCUCAGCGAUCUACCGCUCCUGGCUACGUUGCAGGUUGCGUAUGUAAUGAUUUGUCUCCCUCCAGCUGGAUCGUCGGUAUCAGUUUCUGUUUCUUCUGGUUCUGGUUCUGGGCCAGCGUCAGCGGCGGGAUCGGGAUCAGGAUCGAGACCGGUCGGUGUCUCCAGGACCUUCUCGGGUAGUGAGAGUGGAAGUCGUGAUUCUGGCUCUGCGAUGGGAGGGGAAGGCGAUGGUGAGAAGAGCUUGAAGAGAUCAGGUUUGGUGCUUAGGGCGGGGAAGGUCGGAUAUAGACGGAAACAACAUCCUCAUGGGGGUUGUGGUAUUUCUUCGAAAUUGACACCCGCUCUUCUCUCCUUAAUCCUCACUUUCCUUCUAGCCACUCCCGUUCUGGCCGUGUUGCUCGUUCUCUUCGGCGCCCCUCUGACGACUCAUAAUGCGCAUACUGUUUUGUGUGCGGCGCAUAUGGCCGUUCUCUCUUCCACAGCACUCAUAUACGUUUACGGAGUUGACGGGGCUACCUGGCGGGGGGUCUGGGGGAUAGCUAGACCAGCCGAUACCGUUUGGGGUGCUGCACUGGGAUCUUGUCUGGGGGCAUGGCUUGGUGCCAUUCCUAUUCCAUUGGAUUGGGACCGUCCCUGGCAGGCAUUCCCGAUUACUAUCGUGACGGGUGCUUAUAUUGGGUAUGCGCUUGGCUCUUUCCUCGGGCGAUCGUCAUUGGUAUAUGGGAAGCGGAUUGAAUUCGAGCCUGAGGAGCUGGGCGUGGAGAAAAAGUUGGGUUAAAACGGAUUGAUUCUUUGAUACCUGGUCAUGGUUGUCUAUCUACGUAUAUGCUGUAUAUGCCCAUGCAGCGGAUGUAAGUUUAUAGAGGAGUAACUUGAUGGCUUAUAUUGUAUAAUAAUUAUUGGAUAAAGUAGCAUAUAUAUGGUUUUUUUUUUUUUUUUUUUUUUUGGUCAGUCAAAUCAUGGUCAUUAAUCGGAUGAUAACUGGAUAUCAUGUUUCAUGAACAUAUGCAUGUCAUCGAUAAAAGAACCAAACCUAUACAGAGUAGGAUACAACAAACAACCAAAUGGAAGGCUUAAUUAAAGGGCACCCAUAACAGCAGCCGCAAUAGCCACAGCAGCCGCCCCACCAAGCCCAGUCUGCCGAGCGGCCGCAUCGUCAGUCGAAGUAGGAGCAGCACCACCAGCCGCGCUAGUGGUAGUCUGACCAACAGAUCCGGUAGGAUUCAACUUCUCCACACCAGCAGUAAUAGCAAGUGGCUCAUAAUAGAUAUCCUCCGACGACCACGUCGUCACAGCGGAGGUGGAGGUAGCAGUCUUCACGCCAUCCGAGGAAGCCUCAGCGCGAGCGGAAACCGUGCAGACAGCCUUCUGCGUGGAGCCGGUGAUGUCGCAGUCUUGGACGAGGGUGUAUUUAACAUUGAUGCCCUGGAUUUUGGUUGCGUAUAUGGCACUCAGAGUGAAGGUUGAUGGGCCGGCGGUGAUGGUUACGGGGUCGUUGAGUUCGCAUUCUGCGGUUGGUUCGCCGCCUUUGCAGUCCAAAGCCAAGGUGGUGAGGUCGUUUUGGACAUUAACGAUGCUGGCUGCGAUGGCGGUUAAGGGGAUGGUUGUUUCACCGGCGUUGAACACGCUAAGUUCUGUUGUUGUGUCUGCUGCCAGGGCGGAGGUGGCUAGGGCUGCGCCUAGGGCGAUGUAGGUGAUGGGCUUCAUGGUGGAUGGAAGGUCUGGUUUGUCUUGUAUUGGUUCAAUGGAUGAAGAAUGAAGAAGUACCUAGCGGCUUGGUGCUGAAUCAGUUUGCUUUGCAAGGAAACAGGAUGUAGUUUGAAUCUCCAGGAGAAUCAAGACAGGAUCACUGCCUUUAUACAUGCCAAACCAUCGCCACGCCAGACGCCUAGCUGUCAACCUAUGCAGCCAAGUCCAAGCCGCAUGCAUUUAUUCGAGGGUGGUAUUGAUCAAUACUCAUCUCAUGAGUUAUCCCCGUGGUUUCCUAGGGCCGAUCGUAUUUCAGAGCCGCCCUUCGUUUAAGCCGUGUUCCCAUUGGAGCCAGUAGAAUUACCAUGGGGCGCGGGCUAGGC